CACUGUGCGCCCACACCCAACCUGCAGCUGCUCAGACAGCCGGAGCUGUUCUGCAGUGGAACAGACGCAGGACGCAGUCUUCUGCUGGUGGAGCACUGUGCGGCCUCAGCAGACCCCCAUCCAGGAGCAUCCAGGACCAUCCGGGACCAGCCUGUCUCCUCUGCAGGCUGCUGCUGGCACCAUCCGGGAGCUGUCAGUGGUUUGUUUACUGAGCAUCCUCAGCCUGGUACCAUGAGCAGCACCGUUUUUCAGCAGCAGGCCGUCCCCGGGCCUCUGGAGCAGCAGAAGAUGAAGCAAGGAGGCGGAGGAGGAGGAGGAGGACCAGUGCCCUGUCAGAACUGUGGGAAGCCCUGUAAAGGAGAGGCUCUCCGGGUUCAGAACAAACACUUCCACAUUAAGUGUUUUGCCUGCAAAGACAGCCUUUCCCCGCCGGUGAUCGGGUGACAUUUAAUGGGAAGGAGUGUAUCUGCCAGAAGUGUUCCCAGCCCCUCCCUGCCAACAGCCCUGCACCCAUACAGGCUGUCCACAACUGCUGCGGCUGUGGGAAGGAGUUUAAGAAUGAACAGUCUCUGGUAGCACUGGACAAGCACUGGCACUUGGGAUGCUUCAAGUGUAAGGUGUGCAACAAGGUGCUCAAUGCUGAAUACAUCAGCAAAGAUGGGAUCCCCUACUGUGAGAUGGAUUACCACGCCAUGUUUGGUAUCCAGUGUGAGAGUUGUAAGAAUUACAUUACUGGGAAAGUCUUGGAGGCUGGAGAGAAGCAUUACCACCCCUCAUGUGCCCGGUGUGCCCGCUGUGAGCAGAUGUUUGCAGAAGGAGAGGAAAUGUAUCUGCAAGGAUCGUCCAUUUGGCAUCCUCCAUGCAGACAAGCAGCUAAGCAGGAGGAGAAAAGUAAGAAGCAGGUCCGGAUACAGCUCAGCAAUGUUCCUGAGCACCAGGUGACCCGGACUUCCUCUGAAAGCAUCACUUCAGUGCCAGCUUCCAGUGCCUCCGGCUCUCCUAACAGAGUCAUCUAUGCCAAACUGGGAGAGGAGAUGCUGGACUACAAGGACCUGGCAGCCCUUCCAAAAACCAAGGCGAUCUAUAACAUCGACAGACCUGACAUGUUGUCCUACUCUCCUUACGUCAGCUACCCAUCUGAGGAGAGGCACUACGGGGAGUCCCCCCAGCUGCUUUCUCCUACGCCCACUGAGGGUGAUGGGGAGCGGUCACCCCGUCAGCGGAGGCCCUCAAGCCCCAGCUCCAACAGCUCCUUAGGGGGCUACGGACGGUACACCCCGUCCCGUUCCCCUCAAAACUACAGCCGAGCAGGACCAGAGGUAUGCCUUGGUGGUAGAUACAAGAGCCUAACCCAUGACUCCAGUUCUCUCCCUCCACCUAUAAACCACUUGGGUGGUGCUAAAUACCCCUCCACCUGUACCAGGGAUUCUUCCACUACUCUCCCCGUGUAUUAUGCCCCAGGGGCUGAAGGGAGUGGUGGUGGUUUGGGCAAGUACUCCCCCACCCCACCAGGUGUCAGUGCAGGCUUGUCUUUACAGCUGAACCCUACUACCCUGGCCCUGCUGCAGCAGCACAACUACAUCCCUCAUUUCAGAGGUAGUGAAAGUGGCCGGAGUACCCCCAGCUUAUCUACCUUUUCUGAUGGCAAAUCCCCCUCAUCUACGUCUACRUACAUGGCUGCUCCUCGGCAUUUCCACAUACCAGAGACUAUGGUCAAAGAUAAUAUCUAUAGAAAACCCCCCAUCUACAAACAGCAUGCUUCUAGAACAUCCUGGCAGGAUGGUGAGGAUAGUAAGAGGACAAGUUGGACGAUCUUAAAGGGUGAGAUUGAUGGUCAGAUGGCUUCAGAAGACCUGGAUCCCCGCAAAUCCACCUGCAGUCUGCCCACUGACACGUCUCAGCCAAAUUUCCCCUACAAUAAAUCUGCAUCUUUACCUGGCUAUGGAAGGAACGGCAUCUACAAGGCUGCUGAGAUGGUCGAGGAUGAAGUGGAUCCAGACUCCCAAAGCUGGGGGGGCAUGAGAGAGUACAAGGUCUACCCCUACGAAGUGCUGGCUGUGACACAUAAAGUCAAAGUAAAGCUUCCCAGAGAUGUCGACCGCACCAGACUGGAGAGACACCUAUCUCCAGAGGAGUUCCAGCAGGUUUUCGGUAUGACCUUGGAGCAGUUUGAGCGGCUGGCUCUGUGGAAGAAGAAUGAUUUGAAGAAGGCAGCCCGCCUUUUUUAGAUAGAAUUUAAAGAAUUUCUGCAACAUCUCAACAACAAUCUGGAAAGGAAGCAGGCAACAAAAACAGCCACUUGAUUUAUCUGUGUGCAUCAUCAUGAUCCCAACACUUUCUGCCAGUAAAGCACAUGCCUGUCAAGCUGCAGAGAGGCAUCAUGCGAGGGGACGAUUCUCAACAUUUGGACAUAUGUGUAGCUUCUUCAAUCCAGUUUGGUCUGAAUGUUUGAYCGAUAACCUCAUAUUAGAGGAUAAGGAGCUGCAUUUGCAUGGCCUGUGUUUAUGCUCCUCGCCUCAUGAGGUUCUGCAUCAGCCUAAAUCCCAUCUCAACGCUUCCGUAAACCCUGACUAAAAAAAAAGGAAUUAACUUUCCUAAAUAUUGUGCAGACUGUCCCCGUGGUUCAUGCAUUCAGGCUUGACUUGUCUUUUAUAUCUUGGGUUUGUCUUUUUUUUAAGGUCCGACCAUUGUCUAUUUAAAUAUUCUAUCAUCUAUUGGCAAAACUAUUUAUUAGGGCUCCCUCACACUAGAUGAUGGCCUACACCAGUGGUUCCCAACCUAGUUUCCUCAAAGUCGUGUGUGAAUAGUUACAAACCUUUAUUUAGAAAGGUUCGAAAUGAGCUAUAGAGAGUUUUAAUUAUUCAAAUAGAUUUGUUUUGGUGAUUUUUAUAUACAAAAAUAAAUGGAUAUUUUCACAACAUUUGAGCAGACAAGGCUAUGCCUCCAGGUUGGGAACCACUGACCUGUAGGACCUAUUAGAAGUUGGUUGGACUGUGGAAAAUUUGGCUAACUCCUUCAGUGUGAAGGCAAUCAUAACGUAACUGCAUUUUAAUACUCACCAAAACAGGUUUUGCUGCUAUUUUCUGCAUGUCUGAGAUGCUUUGCUGCAUCUUGACCAUGCAGGAACACACGGGUUCUGAGGGCACUCACCCCCCACCRUGCUACAACUGAGCAGUUAGCUUGUAACAAUCCCAGCUGUAGCCUGGACAUGAGGCCAGUGUGAUCAGUCGUGCUGCAACAUUUCCAUGAUGUUGAACAUAGUCACUAAGUAUAAGGUGGUGAUCGGUAUCAAACCAUCAUGAAAUAAACCACRCAACCUCACUAGAUAUUUUGUGCAGAAACAUUGUAGAUCUUCCAGGACAUGCAAACGCCCCUGAAAGCCUCAUCUGUUCCUGCACAGACCACCCCUGCUCUAGCUGAUUUUCCUUUUUAAACCAACUUUCAGUGUGAAGGGAGCCUUAAAGCUGUGUCUUCUGCUUGUUUUGUGUUACUUUUAAUUUAUGUUGAUUUUUACAUCGUUGCCUUCAGUAGAGGUUGUAGAAUUGUAUCCAUAAUCUGUUCAAAGGCCAAAGACAGGAACAAGAACUUUAUUUACUUCACYGUUACAUUUCAGGAACCAUCAAAAAGCACUUUUUCUUUUUCUUUUGAUUUGACUCGUCUUCUGUUCAGUCAGAGAAGUUGGUUAGUCGUAAAGCAUGCCCUGACAUUUWGUAGUUUAUAGUUUCAGCUUUUAUAAAAUAAAUCCUUCAUCAUGUAUUGGACUAAAGACUGGGUGAAGAUGARUGGAGUGCAGAGGAUAAAGUGCUGAACAAACAUUGUCGACGACACUCACAACAAGGACAAAGAAUAUUUUUAUAAGCUAUUUUGAYUUCAGGAAAAGAUGAUGAAAAUGAACGUGACAUGGAUGUCAUCGAUUUUUAGCRACGCUAACUGACCUGCAGCAGCACUUAUGCAUAACAAGUGAAGUCUGUUCUGUCUUUACCUCCAUGYUGUUUCAAACGCUCCACAGUUUAAAUUGAAUCCUGUCAGCUUUGCUURUCUUCUGGACCAUUACCUGCUCAAGCUGUCAACAUAUACUGGUUGUAUGUGAACAUAUACUGGACAUAUACCAGUUCUACCUGUCUGUAACCAAGCCCAGGUCUAUAACUCUUAAGGCAUGCAUGAGGCUGGGAGAAUGAUGGUUUGUCCCCUGACCUCAUUAGAAAUGUAUGAAAUCAUCAUCCUUAUCAUCACUGUUGUUUGAGUGAUUUGAGUGGUGAAUUGAAAUAAGCUUGUGUUCUGUAUUUAUUUUAGUGCAACUCUAAGGAAGGGGUUUUAUUUGAAAUCAUUGGAUGGUAGAGUCGCUGUUGAAAAGAAACAUAUCACAUUUUGAGUUUCAGAUCAAAUGUAACACACUAACUGUUAUAAUCUUUCUUUUCUUUCUAAUAUUCAUCUGCUAAUAAAGUGCUUUAUUCAGAUUA